GAGACUCAAUGGAGACGGAGUGGUUUUUCCCAAAAGAAAAAAAAGUUACAUUGUUACCGGUUACAUUGCGUGCUGCUUGAAGGCAACUUGUUUUGUUAGUUUUUCGUCUUUUUAACUUGGUUAUGGAGUUACAAUGGAAUAUCGCAGGGAUAAAGAGCGAGAUUUAAAGGAGUUUUCUUAAAAAAGAGAGAGCGAGAGAGCAAAGGAACUCAUUCAUGGAGCUGAAGGAGUGAAGGAUCAUGAGUACAGGUAUGAAGAAGCCGCCGGUUGCCCCCAAACCCAGGCUUUUGGCUUCUCAGAAGCCAGCCCCUCCGCCAAUUGCACCCAAACCCGAGAUCCUUCUUCACUCUUCUUCUCCUUCUGUGCCAAAGCGGGGGAAACCUGCCCUAGCGCCUAAACCAUGCCUGGACAAAAUCAGCCCCAAAGCCGUCCAGUCAUCUUUCUCUGUCAGCACCGGCAAAUCUGAGGGCGUCCCCACAUCCAAAAACGGGGGCCUCUCGCAUUACAUCAUACCACCCAAGAGUCACCAUAUGGGCAACUGUAAAACGAGGGGAUCUGAAGAGACGAACGAAACAACAGAACAUGAUGUAGGAAGAAAGCAAAGCAGCCCAAUAGAGGAGCUCGGGUGCAACAGUGCAAAGGAACAAGUGACUUUACUCAGACAAGAUGUGCAAAACCACAUUCACACACACACCCCUAACAUGCUUCCAGAUGCAAAGGAAGAUCCACACACAGAUGUGCUUGUCAAGGAUCACAUACACACACAACCAGAGUUACAACCUCCAGCAGAAGAAUCCUUCCAGAAACAAGAACAAUUUGCUGGGAAGACAUCACAGACACAGUAUUUAACUUCUGAUGACACACACACCAUUGUUUCUGUGCCUUCACCCCCUAGUAAGCCACUUCCUGUGCCUCAGCCACGGCGUCCACGAAGAAAUCUGCUUCUUCGGCAAAAUGUGGUGGUGGAGUAUCCAGCCGAAACAGAGACACAACCCCAAACUCAGGUGACACACUCAGAAGACCAACUUUCUUUAUCAGAAGUUCCAGAAGUUGCGUUAUCAUCUAGCAAUUCUCUUGCAAACAUGUCCCCAGACUCCACCCACAACAGGGACUCGAAUGGUGAUGCACACAAUAAUGGCAAUGUGACCACCUCAGAGACUGUCUGCUAUUCAGUUCCCACCUUUAGUGAUGGUUUAUCAUCUGUUCCUAUAGAGGAGGAGGAGCAACAGGCACCAGCCCCGCCUCCUCGACAGAAGUCCCUUCUACAGACAGACAGUUGCAACUAUAAAACUUCCUCUUCCUUGGAUAAUCUACUUCUCGCGGAGCAUGCAGAAUUGGACAGAUUUGAUGAGAAUCUUAACAAUGAAGAGGAGGAGGACGAUGAAGAUGAAAAUGGCACAUAUGGCGAUUUUGCUCGUUGUCCAUUCACCAGGAGUUUACCCAAACAAAUCCGACUCAACCGCAGCCCUCAGGUGGCGACAGUAACCAAGGCAUCUUUGGCGGACGAGAGCUCACCGAAGAUCGCUCCCAAGAAGCCGCAGAGACACAGUCUACCAGCAUCUGCACACUCGAGAAAACAAAUCACUCCACCGCAAACACCAGUUCCAGCUCCCCUUCCUGUAUUUGGAGCCCUUCCACCCCCACCCAAUGAGAAAAACUCAACAUGGCGCAUCACUUUUCCAGGAAUCCCACUAUUUGGUAAGCAGCUAUCUCAAAGUACUAGCCAGUCUCAAAGCAGCGAAAGAAAGCGACCAGGAACAAGACUAGUUAAGCAGAGGGCGAGGUCGUUCUCCUCGGCUGAUCUCCUGCGCGUGGACUCAGGUGUCGGUAUGCAGAAACAUCGCAGCUUGAAGAAACUUUUCGAAGCGCGUGUAAAGCUGUUUCCCAAGCUGUUGCGUGGUGGGACCUCACUGGACUGCACUAGCACGGAUACGGAAUAUGACGCACACACUGCAGCCAAUGCUGAGGUCACACCAUGUAGUGAGGAGGUCACUGGGAAUGAUGGAGAAGGGGAUUGUGGAGUAGAAUAUGAAAAUGUUCCCCUCUAUGAGGAGAUUCCCGAGUACAUGAACCUACCCUGGGUCUAUUCCAGUCAGAGCACGGAUAAUGAAGUGUAUGAAGUGCAGGAACCGUAUGAAAUGAGCAGGCCUCAUUUGAGAGGUGACUUGUCAGAGGAAGAGGAGGGGCUGAGCUCAAAUGAGGAAGAUGACAACAGCUCCACAUCCAGCAAGGAUGAAAUGGAGCAAUCGAGAGACAAAGAGGAAGUCGAGAAAGCAAAACGGAAUAAAGUGGUUCACAUUGCCAUGGAGAUCAUGAGCUCAGAGAAAGUGUUCGUGGAUGUCCUGAAGUUGCUGCACAUUGAUUUCCGGGAUGCGGUCGCCAAGGCGACCCGUGCCAGUGGGAAGCCUGUGGUGGAGGAGCGGGUGCUGAAUCAGAUCCUUUACUACCUGCCUCAGCUCUACGAGCUCAACAAGGACCUACUGAGAGAGCUGGAGGAGAGAGUCGCACACUGGUCAGAUCACCAGAGGCUGGCUGACAUCUUUGUGCAGAAGGGGCCGUAUCUGAAGAUGUACUCCACAUACAUCCGAGAGUUCGAUCGGAACGUGGCUCUGCUGGACGAACAGUGCCGCAAGAACCCCUCUUUCGCCACAGUCGUGCGUCAGUUUGAGACGAGUCCUCGUUGUGCCAGUCUGGCUUUAAAGCAUUACCUACUGAAACCAGUGCAGCGGAUUCCACAGUACCGCCUUCUACUGACAGAUUAUUUAAAAAAUCUUCCUGAAGACUCAUCUGACUACAAGGACACACAAACUGCCCUUGAGGUGGUGAAGGAAGUUGCAAAUCAUGCCAAUGACAUCAUGAAACAAGGGGACAACUUCCAGAAAUUAAUGCAGGUCCAGUGCAGUUUGAACGGCCAUCAUGAAAUUGUGCAGCCUGGAAGGGUGUUUCUUAAGGAGGGUACACUGAUGAAACUGUCCAGGAAAGUCAUGCAGCCCAGAAUGUUCUUCCUGUUUAAUGAUAUCCUGCUGUACACCACUCCUGUACAGUCUGGCCAGUAUAAAGUAAACAGCAUGCUGUCUCUGGCUGGUAUGAAGGUUAGUAAGCCGAGUCAGGAGGCUUAUCAGAAUGAACUGAACAUCGAGAGCGUGGAACGUUCCUUCAUCCUGUCAGCCAGCUCAGCCACAGAGAGAGACGAGUGGCUAGAAGCCAUCGCCACAGCGAUAGACGACUACACAAGAAAGAAGAUUUCAUUUAUUUCAAGUCGAAGCCAAGAGUCUGAAGAAGUCUCAGCUGAUGAUUCUCCCCUGGGUUCUAAAGCUCCUAUCUGGAUCCCAGACCUCCGCACCACCAUGUGUAUGAUCUGUACCUGCGAGUUCACCCUCACCUGGAGACGCCACCACUGCAGGGCCUGCGGCAAGGUUGUGUGCCAGGCGUGUUCGUCUAACAAAUACUACCUGGAGUACCUGAAGAAUCAGCUAGCGCGCGUGUGUGAUCAGUGUUACGUCAAACUACAGCAGAAAGAUAAAGGUGAGCAGUCGGAGGUGGCCGUUUCACCCACCGGCCGCAGCUCAGCGUUCUCCUUCUCUAGGAAACAAAAGAAGAUUCCCUCAGCACUGAAAGAGGUUUCCGCUAACACUGAGAAUUCCUCGAUGAGUGGAUAUCUACAGAGAUCGAAAGGCUACAAAAAACCGUGGAAACGCCUGUGGUUCGUCAUCAAGAAUAAAGUCCUUUACACCUACGCCGCUAGUGAGGAUGUUGCAGCACUGGAGAGCCAGCCGCUACUGGGCUUCUUCCUGAGGGAGGAAAAGUCUGGACCAGCUAAGAAGCUGCAGUUUAAACUCUAUCACAAGAACAUACUGUAUUAUAUCUUCAGAGCGGAAGAUAUCGCUACAGCUCAGAGGUGGAUUGAGGCAUUUCAGGAGGCUAUGAUUCUUUGACCAAUGUGGAUCCAAAUAAUUUAUUAGGAGUCUUUUCUUUCCUGCUAGUAAAGUGAGGAGCAGUGCCUGAGCACACAAAUCACCUAUUCAAGUUCAGAACAAAGACGCGUGAUUAGAAGCAAUCUAGCAAAGGAGUGUCUUCCAGCUGUCUUCCAUUGAUCUGGUUCUCUGAAGCGAAAUCAAGCAGGUGUUUGUGAUCAUUGAUGCCAAGAAUGCCAAGACCUUUAACCUCUUCUUAGCUUGAGCUGGAUUCUGCCACAUGUUGCAUUCAUUCUGGACGUGUGUGCCAUUAGAUGUGUAAUUCAAGGGAUUAAAUGAGAUUAUACAUUACCAGAAAUUAGUCAGAUCCUGUGACACUGUCCAGAUACCCUGGACAUAUCAAGAACCUCACGUCCUGGGAACCUGAGGAAGGCUGUAAGUGUGAAGAGGGUGUCAGGAAUGAUUUUAUUUAAAAAAUUUUUUACAUUUGAUCAUGGGUCAAAUGCAGGCACGCACAAGCAGGUCUAAAUAUUGAGAGCCUUUAGUUUUGCGUAAAAAGACAAGGCAGCAAGGUUUGUGUCUGCAAUGGUGCAUUAUGGGAGAUGUAGGAUACCACUGUAAAAGCCAGUAGUUUUUUUGUAUUAUUAUUCUUAGUAUUUUUUAGAAACCCUAAACAAAAGUAAGAGAAUUUUUAUUGUAUAAUUAUUGUGUUAAGCUUUUUAAAAAAAAUGUUUUUAUCUGUUUUUGUAUAGGACUGACCGUUAAAAAAAAAAAAAAAAACAUUAAAUGUGAUCCUGGGCAUAACUGGAUGUACAUGUAAAUAUACUGUAUAUGAUAAUAUAAUGCAGGAUUAAUGCAGGUCUAUUUAUAACAAUUUAAGUUAGUUUAUUAGUCUCCUUGAUUAAAUUUAAUGAUUGUGUAAAUUAACAUGUCAGGUUUUAAGCGAGCCAAGAACUGUGUAAUACAUAUCGCUGUGUGAGGUGAUCCCCGAGAGUGACUUAGAGAAAAACGUUGUGCACCUUGUGCCGUUUUGUCAUUAUGAUGAAAUCAUGUCAGUCAUGUAAUUCCAUUCACUCACUCACUCAUCGUCUGGACCGCUUUAUCAUGUAUAUAGGGGAAUGGGGGGCCUGGAGCCUAUCCCAGGAGACUUAGGGCACGAGGCAGUGUACACCUUGGACGGGGUGCCAAUCCCUCGCCGAGCCCACACACUUAUUCACACACUACAGGCAAUUUGGAAACUCCAAUGAGUCUAAUCUGCAUGUCUUUGGACUGUGUGGGGAAGCACAGGAGAACAUGCAAACUCCACGCGCACAGACCAGAGAUGGGAAUCGAAACCAGACCCUGGAGGUGCAAGGCUCUAUAUUAUUACCCGGUUUAUUUGAAAAGAAAACAGUGACCUGAAUAAAAUCAGGUUGAUUUUUUUUGUGGCGUCUUAAGUUGUUUCUUCUGAUGUUAUGAUGUUUGCAGAGGAAAGAUUUUUCAUUUGACUGAACAAAAUGCACAAGCUUAGGGCACGAUGAAUUUCUAUGAUUAAACCUGCUGUUUUAGUCACUCGUCCCUGUGCUUACUGAUCAGGAUUGUUUUGUGCGUGUGCUUUUUUUCGUUCCUUCAAAACUGACAUUUGAUUAUAACACUCACAACAACAAAAAAAGGCAUGUAAAACACUCCAGUGAAGUAAUGUGCUGAGUGUGUCAGAUGUAAAUGACCAGAGGUAAUAAAUCAUUUUAAGCAGCAA